GGGCGGCGCCGUGCCGCGGAGGCCCGCCGCGCGAUGGGGCAGGCGCACAGCGCCUGCAGGGCCGAGGGACCCCGGUCCUCCGACGACGUGUGGCAGCCGGUGACGCUGGCGCCGGAGCGCACGCCCACUGGCGACGCCGCUGCGGCGGCCUCCCCGCUCGGCUCCGCGCCGAACAGACCCGGCAGCAUCGGCUGCGGCACCGCCCCGCACCUGGAGCCCGAGCCGCUCGAGGCGCGCUCCCCGUCCGCGUCCUCCCGGGCCCCGCCGCCCGGGCCGGGCAUCGACGGCCACGUCCCGCUGCCCGGCGAGCGCUUCGGCGCGUGGCCGCCCAGCCGCAUGGCCGAGAUUCCGGAGGAGGACGACUGGAGCACGCCCGACCACGUGCUGCCCGAGGUGCCGCCGCUGCGGCCCCUGCCGGCCGCGGCGGGCAUGCCGGCGGCCUCGGAGGAGGACCGUCGCAGGACGCCGCCGACGCCGAGGCCCUCCAUCGACAGCGAUGCCAGCUCCGGGUCGUCCGUGGACUCGCGGCCGUCCCUGGAGUCGGGCGGGCAGAUCUACUUCGGGCGGCUGCGGAGCGACGGCGGCGGCUCGGGGGACCUCUCGCCGAGGCCACCCUCGGCGCGGGCGCAGCGCAUGCACCCCCUGGGCGGGUGGGUGUCGGGCCUCGACCUGGAGAAGCUGGGCCCGAACCUGCUGCAGAGCACCGGGCGGCUCGGCGCGGGCGCCAGGGGUGGCUACGGCCUCCAGACGAUGCCUGUGGGCACAGCGUGGCACCGCGCCGCGCCGCCGCUGGUCGAGCGGGGAGAUUCUGACGACUUCGACGCAAAGGUCGCGACCAUCAAGGCCCUGUUCCAGCAGCAGGAGCAGCGCCAGAGGGAGGCCCUGCGUCAGCAGGCGAGGCUCGUGGAAGAGCAGGUGUCGUCGCGCCCCAGCAUCGAGUGGGUGGGCUCGGGGCCCGACGGACGCUCGACGGUGCCCGAGGAGUCCUCCGAGGAGCUCGACGCCGUCUCCGCGGCCCAGAGGUGGGAGAGCGAGCGGGAGAAGCGGGAAGUGGUCGCAGCCUUCUUGAAGCAGCACGGCUUUUCCGGGCCGAAUGCCAGGAGGACGACUUCCAAGCAGAGCGACUUCCCCCUGCACGUCGCGGCCGAGCGGGGCGAUGACCGGGCCGUCGCUCUCCUGCUGGAGAUGGGCGCGGACCCGGCAGCCAGGAACUCUGCCGGCCGGAGCCCUGCGGAGGUGGCCCUGCAGAAGAACAGGGGCGGCUCCCACGCGGGGGUCCUGAGGGUCCUCGCGGAGCCGCCGCCCUCGGACAAGGCGCGAAGGAGGAAGCGGAGGCUCUUCGGGAGCUUCGGCCGCUCCCGGGGCUCGCGCGAGCCGCCGCCGGGGGCGUGCUGAGGAGGGCCCGCUCGGGCGCGGGACCUCGCGCGGUCGGCCGCCGCCGCCUGGGUUGGCCCUCGUCGAUCUACUGCGCCGUGCUCGCGCUCUCCGCUUUUUGUCGGCUGUCUCUGACUCGAACAGAUGAUGUUUGAAGUGCGCGGCGCUCAUGCGGUCGCGGAGCACCGCUAGCCGCUCGACCGCGAGCUUUCCGGCGGCUGCGGGAAGAGAUUUUUCAGCGUAGGGUGGCAGACACGCCGUGCCAAAGACAAGCCAACGCUCAGAUGUGCCCGUCCCGAGCUCGGGCUCGCCCUGCGUAUGCGGCUGGCGUUCUUGAGCGUCUAUUUGGACUCAGCGGGG